AAUAACAUACAGAGGUAGAGAAGAAGAGGAGGAGGCAGUAUCACUACAGUACAGUACAGUAAAGUGGAGACAGUAUAGAAUAACUGCAACAUUCACCUGUGUUUUAAAAUGGUUAAAUAAUGAAUUAUAACUGGAUACGCUCUGUGAUUUGUGUGUGGAGAGAACUUUUGUAUCAGGAUAUAUGAUAUAAUUAGUGUUUCGUGUGUGUGCGUAGCUGGUUAGCUCAGUGCUGCGAGAUCACCCAUACAGAGAGACACAGAGAAACACAGAGAGACACAGAGACAGACAAAGCUGUUUUCAGAUGUAAAGAAACCAUAAGAUCAGACAUACACUGAGUUAGAUAGUAUAGGAGGAGUAUAUAUGGCGUCCCAGGCGCCCUUCACUGACAGCGAUACUGCUGAUGAAGCGGUCAGAGCGACGUGCGACGAUGCGUCCACCUGCAAAAGGUUUGCAACCAGCAAAGGCUACUGGACAGACCCUUAUAUACAGUAUUUUGUUAGACAGACAGGGGAACGCAAGGCACCAGAGAUCAACAGAGGUUAUUAUGCUCGGGUACAUGGAGUGAACCACCUGCUCGAUGCUUUUCUCAAGAAGACACAGUGUGACUGCCAGGUGGUCAAUUUUGGAGCAGGACUGGAUACCACCUUCUGGAGACUGAAGACUGAGAACACUUUGCCGAAAAAGUACUUUGAAGUGGACUUCCCCAUGAUUGUUGCAAGGAAAAUACACCAUAUCAAAACAAAGCCUCCAUUGUCAAAGCCUUUGAUUGAGACCCAUUCAGCUGAUUCACUCCUCCUAGAUGGUCACAGCCUGGACUCGGACAGAUAUUGUAUCAUUGGCGCUGAUCUAAGGGACAUUUCAAGUUUAGAGGAUAAACUCCGGAAAUUCCAGAUAAAUACAGAGUUGCCUACGCUGUUUAUGUCUGAGUGUGUGCUGGUGUACAUGACCCCUGAACAGUCGUCCAAACUGGUGCACUGGGCAGCAGACACCUUCCACACUGCCAUGUUCAUCAACUAUGAACAGGUGAACAUGGGAGAUCGCUUUGGCCAGAUUAUGAUUGAGAAUCUGCAGAGACGACAGUGUAAUCUGGCUGGAGUGGAUGUGUGCCAGUCUUUGGAUUCUCAGAAGGAACGCUUCCUGUCGACCGGAUGGGAAAGUGUGAAUGCACUAGACAUGAUGGGAGUCUAUAGUCUGCUUCCUCAGGAUGACAUAAGCAGAAUUGAACGACUUGAGUUUUUAGAUGAAAAGGAGCUGCUCCACCAGCUUCUACAGCACUACAGUAUCUGCUGGGCAGUGAAGGAUUCACUCAGUUUGGGCAUUUCACAAAUUGGCUUUUGAAUGUGAUUCAUACUUGGUUUGGAAAGUUUCUUCUUUGUGCCAAGGUCAAUAUGAAUCAAAGGAAGUCAUUCUAACUCAUUGCUUUCCUUUUGUGACGUCAAUAAAAGAAGAGACGACUGUUUUUUUUUGUUGUAUUUUUGUCUGUUUGCAUGUUUCCGUCCUAUCCACCUUGUGGUCAUCUGACUAUUUUCAGUGCUUGCCCUGCUAUUAAAUUAUCGAUUGAUUGUUGUAGAAAA